AUGGCCGACCCAGCCGGAAGCUCGGUUCCGCCGCAGCCUGCCGCAAAGCAUGAGAACGGCAAUGUAGAAUCAGCAGCAAACGGCCGAGGCGCGCCGCAGAAGGAAUCCAAGGCCAAUGCAAAGCCGGCUUCGCAGCGCCCGAGAAAGCCAAACUAUGCAAAGAUCCAUGCUCAGCCGCUUCCAAUCGUGACACAUCCUCUGCCAGCCUUCGUCCCGCACAAUCCUCUGUCCUUGCUGCGCAUUGCCUAUCUCAUCUGCUCGCAAUACUUCAACCCGCCGGCAUCCCACCCGCCGAAGCGUCAUGUGGCCUACCUCUCGUACGAAACAAGAUCCGUCCAUGUCACAGAUCCUGCCAGUGUGCGUGCGCUGUGGGAGCAGGGCUUCUUCGGGAAGGGCAGCUUGAGUCGAAGCGAGCCCACCUGGCUUGAUCGUGAGAAACAUCGGCGUGGUGUUGAGUCUGGCCAGAUCAAGGCGGAAGACUACACCAACAAGCGAAGGCAGGAGAGGAGGGAAAUGAAGAACGAGCGUGCUCGGAAGGAACGUGAAGCUCUUGAAGAGCAGCUGAGGAAGGAGGGAAAGCUGGUUGACGAGUCGACCUUGGCGUCCGCUGCUCAGGAAAGCUCUGCGGCCGCGACAUUGGCCAGCGAAACUCCCGGCCAGGACAAUGCCUCAGACAGCCUUACGUCAGCGGAGAAGUCUGCAAACGCUUUGAAAGAACUUGCUUUGGACGAGCCUGUGCAGAACGAAGAGCACCUUCAACUCUCCCUUGAGGAAGCCUUCUUCCUGACCUACAGCCUCGGCGUGCUCGAGGUUGUUGCGGCACGCACAAAGAAGACGGUCGAGCCGCUGCAACUCUUCCAGCUCUGCCGCUCUCUUUCUUACUUCCCUCCGUCGUCCGCUCUUCAGGUCAGGCCAGACGAUCCGUUCCUUCUCAAGUACGUUGUCUACCACCACUUCCGCAGCCUUGGCUGGGUCGUUCGCGAUGGUGUCAAGUUCUCCGUCGACUACAUGAUCUACAACCGCGGUCCAGUCUUCUCCCACGCAGAGUUUGCGGUUCAGAUCGUGCCAUCUUACAGCGACCCGCACUGGAAGGGUCAGGAGAAGAAGGAGAUGAGCCCGUGGUGGUGGCUGCAUUGCGUUAACCGCGUGCAGAGUCAAGUGUUGAAGACGUUGGUGCUGGUGUACGUGGAGGUGCCGCCGCCGAUUGAAGGCCCGGUCAAGGAUAUCGGGGAAUUCUUGGGAAGAUACAAGGUGCGGGAGUUCGUCCUGAAGAGAUGGGUUGCGAACAGGAUGAGGGGUUGA